AGCAAAGAAUUAAACAAAGCUGCUUGUAGUAGAAAGAAGAGGCCAAACAAAGAAAAGUAUAGAAAAAUGAAGAAUAUAUACAUAGAGAGUGAAUAAUAUGACCUCACAAAUUUAUUCAAUCCAAGCAGACAAGCCAACUGACACACACCCACCCACCCCCUCGACCUUGCUAGAAACAAACAUAUUGAUUACCCAUGGCCGCUUCCGACACGAGAAGCUGCACGAUGGUCGACGAAGCCACCGCCCAGAUCCUGUCGCAGAAACUAGAUAUCUUGCUCUCUCGCCCGGUGUGCGCGGAGUGCUUACCGAUGCAUACCCGCGCGGAGGAUGCCAAGGCGAAGCUGGCCAGGAUCCAAGUGCACUUUUCCACUCAAUGCAGACCGUCCGAAACCACGGAGUGGUCGGGGCGGCUCCGCCGAGCCAUGUACGACGCCGAGGAAUGCAUUGACAAGUUCCACCUCAGAGAGGCCCGCGAGAGGAGCAAGGUCCUCCACAUGGCCGCAUGGCCGAUCGCCGCGCUCGUCUCCAAGUACAAGCUGUGGAGCGACUUGUCCCUUCUGGUGAAUAAGAUGAAAGAGUCGUGUGAUGAGAAGUUUUUGAAGGAGGAGGCCGAGGGCAAGAGCAAAGAGAAACCUGCUAGUUCAUCCUCCCAUGCUAGUGUUCCAUGGCAAGGCCAAAAAUUCGCGAGGCUGACUAGUUUCUGGGAUCGGCAAGCGCCCACAAACUUCUUAUGUCGCGAGGAGCAGAAGAAGGUAAUAAGGAAGCGGAUAGAAAUAACAGAGAAGUACGAACGAUGGAGUUCGAUUUGGGGCGAGCAAGGAACCGGCAAGACGUUCCUCGCGAGAUGGGCCUACAACCAAGCGAAGUACAUGGGCUAUGAGUGGCGCGCCUGGGUCCGUGUCUCGGCCGGCAUGGAUCCGCGGGAGCUCCUGUUGGAGAUUCUGAUGCAAGCCAACAAUGUAGCAGGCGACGUGAAGGACCUGAAUAUGGAUGAGAUAAAGACAAAGCUGCUGCAGAAAUUGGCCGAGAUAAAUAAAUAUUUCAUAGUGUUGGAUGACGUGCAGCCGUCCGACAUACAACUCUUGCAAGAGUUACUAUGGAGCACCCCGGCACUUUCGCAGGGCCACAUAAUUACCACAACUCAGGACAAUUCGAUAGCCCAGUACUCGGGAAAGCAGAUCAAGCUAGAAAAAUUGUCUGAAGACGAAAGCCAGAGGAUGCUCGCUUGGAAGUUGCAUAAAGUAUCCGAUGGUCAAAGUUUCUCAAAUGAGGAGAAGGAUAUCCUAAGCAAGUGUCGUGGCUUGCCGCUUUAUAUAUCCUUACUCGGUGGGUUUCUGUCCAAUGUUGGAGAGGAUGAACGCACAGCGUUGGCGAAAGAGGGUUCUAUGACGACAUUGUUGGAUAUACUGCAAUUGAGUUGCCAUAAAUUACCAGUCCAUCUAAAACCGUGCUUCAUCUACAUGGCUUUGUUCCCCGUAGGAUUCCCUAUUCCGACAAGAAGGCUAGUGAGGCUGUGGUUGGCUGAGGGAUUAUUAGAUUUGCAUUGUCAAGACAUAGAAAGGGAAAGGAUAAGGCAACCCGAGGAUGUGGGAGAGACGUUCAUUCUGGAGCUCGCGGAUAGGAAUGUGAUCGAUGUGGUGAGCUGGAGGAAGGAUGGAUCCCCAAAAGCUUGCCAAAUGCUCACCUCUCUGUUUGACAUGAUCUGCCCAAUCGCGAUGAGCACAGGGUUCCUCCACAUACAUGCCACUAGCAAGUCGAAAGACGGGAGCGAAGGUGACUCAAUCAGCCAGCAACAACAGCCGGCAGCCCAACUGCGAGAAAGAACCAAGAUUCGGUGGCUUGCGGAGCACACGAACAUAGUCACAGACAACCUCGACAGCAACUACCCCGAUUUGAACCUCGGCCACGUCCACUCGUUUCUGUCGUUCUACCAGAGGAGAGGCAUGCUCACCAAAGACAUCAGCACGUUUCUAAGGAAGACAACGUCCAAGACUGGCUAUAGCUUGCUAAGGGUGCUUGAUUUGGAGGGUGUGUAUAAGCCAUACUUGCAAGGUGUGCUCCACAAGCUGGUGCUCCUAAGGUACCUAGGAUUGAGAUCCACGGUGUUGGACUCGAUCCCGAGUGCCAUUGCAGAUCUGCACCAUCUCGAGACUCUCGACAUAAAGCACACCAACAUCACUUGGCUGCCGAGUUCCUUGUGGAAGGCGAGGAAAUUGAGGCACCUGCAUCUCAACUGGUUCUACAUCGACUUGAAUAACAUCCUCAAGGCUUGUAGCAACAAUGUCAUGGCCUUGACUCAACUCCAAACCUUAAGCGGGCUGGUUAUCGGUGAGGUCAAGGAGAACUUGAUGAGGGACCACAUGGACAGCUUGACCACGCUCACCACGCUCAAGCUUUUCUUGCAACGCUCGGGUGGGGACACGUCAGGCGCCGUAGGAAAAGCAGUAGCCGAUUGGAUUAGCUUCAGGCUCACCAAUCUCCAGUCCUUGACCUUUGGGGUGAUCCAAGCAGCCGAACCGAAGAAAGAAGCCAACCCCGCGGAAGAAGCUGAACCCGCGAAAGGAGCCCACCCCACAAAAGAAAAGCCCGCGAAGAAAGAAUCGAAGCCCACGAAGGAAGAGUCCAAGCCCGCGACAUUGCCGAUGGGCCCGUUACCGGAAUUGUCGUUGGCUAACCAACAUCACGACCUGUUGGAGCUCUACUUGCUGGGCCAACUCAACAAACCCAUCUGGACACAGCUCUUGCCAGUCUCGCUCCGGGUUUUGACUUUGUCGGGUUCAAUGGUGGAAGCUCACAGGAUGCCCGAGUUGGGAGUUCUCCUGAGGAACCUGAGGACACUCAGGCUGUUGGCCAAUUCUUUCGUAGGCACUAGACUGACGUUCGUCAAAGACGGGUUUCCAAGCCUCAAUAUCUUGAAGAUUUGGAAGCUGCCUGAGCUUGAUACGGUGAUCAUCGAACAAGGAGCAAUGCCACAUCUCAAAGAACUCGACUUUAGGCGCCUCGAUGUGUUGAAGAAUGUCCAAGGGAUCAAGGAGUGUAAGGAAUUGGAGAAUAUAUGGGAGGUAGUCAAAAAGGGUUCUCCGGGUUUUGUUGACCAUAUGAAGAUCGACAUGGGAACAGAAACGAAUGCGUACAAAAUAGAAGAUACCGAGACACCUGAACUUACGGACGACGACAUCAGGGAUGACAAUAAUUAGGCGACGGCUUCUCCUUGAAUACAAGCUACUACAAUGAUCCUCGGAGCUAAACGUAUGUAUAUAUUCCACCAACCCCCC